GUUCUUAGUAUUAAAGUUAUUAAUUUCAAUGCCAUUUACCAAAUCACUGUUGUCAUCCAAAGAGUGAAUGAAAUUAAUCGAUUUAAGAUAUAUUGCUGUGUCAGAUAAAUCCAUGUUUAACAUCACACCUAACUAACAAAAACAAUUUUUGACUACCUAGAUUAUUAUUAUUAUUAUUAUCAGCAUAAUGUACAUUAGUUCUUGUGGACAUGUGACAUUUUGAGAAUCUCUAAGUUUUGAUGAAUUAGUGAAUUGAUACAUAUAAUCGACCUCAACUAGUUUGGAAUCAAGGGGUAGUUGAUGUUGCAGACAAUUACUCCCUCCGUUUCAAUUCGUUUGUCUGGUUUUAACUUGACGCGGAGUUUAAGAAAGUAAAAAAGAUUUUUGAAUCUUGUGGUCUUAAAUUAAAGAUAUGUUGAACGUACCAAAAUGCCCUUUAAUCUUGUGGUCUUAAACAUGAUAUGGAAAGUUGGAAACAAAUAGUUACUAAAAAGAGGAAAGAUACAUUCUUUUUGAAACGGAUUAAAAAGGAAAGACAAACAAAUUGAAACAGAGGGAGUAAGAGCUUUGUAGUAGAAUGUACUACAUGUUGGGUGCCAUAAUCUGUGCAAAUGUUACUUUGCGCUGUGGCAAAUGGUUUAUCUUCAUAUAAAGGAGGGAAUGCAGUUUAAAUUGCUGGUUAGAAUGAUUUGAAGCACUUAUUUUUGUUAUGGUAUUAAUAUUAUCUAAAAAAGGGAAUUGACUUUUUUUUUUUUUGGUUACAAAUUCCUGAAUUAAACCGGCGGAAAUUUCACUAGAUGAAAUGUUAUGGCGACUUGACAGAGUCACAACUUUGAUUGUUCUGUUGUUGCAAUAUAGUCUCAAUAUCUCUAAGUGCUAUCGUUCGAUUUCAUUUUUUCUUUGUUUGUUAUGGUAUUCUUUUUAGUUGGUUGGCAUCUUGUGUUUGUGCUUUGUGACUUUAGGCAAGCUGUUAAUUUAUCUUCUUUUUGAAGGUCUUUUCAUCUCUGGGUUAUUAGCUGCAUAGUCAUGAUGGAUCUUGAUCUCAACAAGUUCGGAAGAGAUAGGAGCUUUUGAGGGUUUUAAACUUCAUACAGUAUUUGCUCCUAGAUUGAUUUUUCCCCUUUGCUUCAAUUAUGUUAGACUUUUAUCAGAUCAAAUGAAAGUAAAUGGUCAGUAGGCUCUUUAUUACAUAGUGGAGCAUUUUAGUUUCUGAUAGCAUAUCUGACAUUUAUUGGUCUUUCCCAUUGAAAGAUUGAGAACUUUGUUAUUCCUUGGAAUUUCUGGUUUUGAUGAUGAUGAUGAUGAUGAUGAUGAUGAUUCAGAAGGUCAUCGAAACUAGAAUUUUAGAGAAAUCUUGCUUGGUGCAAGAUCAAAGUUUCUGCGUCAGGAGACUUACUUGUCGUCAGGAUAUAUUUUGAAUGAUUAACUUGUGGUUAAGAUAUAAGGCUGGACCUUCGUUUAAAAUUGCAUGGGUCACACUCAUAGGGAUCCAUGAUUUUAUGUACUUAAAAAGGAAUUUAUCUACUUCUACUGUUUUCUUGCAUAUAUCGUCCAGCAAACAUUUCUAUUGCCAAUUUUAUCUGAAGUAACCAUCUUUUCUUCCAGCGAAAUAUGUUUAGGACCUAUAUAUGAUAUCCUGCUUUGUCCGGGAUGCUCUAUGUUUCUUGUAUGUUUUUUACUUUAAGUUUCACCCUUGCUAUCUCCCUAUUUCCCUCCCUGAAAAAUGGGAAGCUCAUUUAUAUACAUUUAAAGUGCAGACUUUGAUCUGGUAAUACCUUUCAGAGCUGUGGGUUAUUGGGUUGAUGUUUUUUUUUUUUUUUUUUUUUUUCCCCUUAAUCUGAAAUCAUUUUCAUAAAAGUAGAAAGUGUACGUUCUUUAACUUUUACCCACCACCUAUGGUGGAAAAAAUUCCUUUUUGAUCGAGAAAAAAAAUUCCAUUUUUGAUUGUUCAUGCUACUAUAUUCACUGUCUAUCAGAGCUUCACGAUGACAAGGAUAGCUCGUGAGGUUUAAAGCAGUGAUAGAUCAAAUUUGGAGCUUCACAAUGCUUCUGAUCUUAAAUAGAUCAGUUGAUGAAAGUCUUAAGAUGGCUGCCUCUGACAUGUAUGACUGCUUAAUUUUAAUAGAUGUUGGUUUGCUAGUGGUAGAAUGUUGAGUCAUUGAUGAGACUUUCCUGGCGUUUCUGUUUUUUUUCCCACAAUUUCCGUCAAAUCCUAAUAUAGAAAGAGUUAUUUAAAUAUUUGACACAAAUUAUAGGUACUCACUUUUGGCAAACUUAAAAGGACCAAAACUGCUCAAGAGUAUAUUUAAGGGGCUAUUUUUGACCUACACCCAAACAUAAGUGACCAUUUUUUUCAUUUUCUCGUUCCUAGUGAGUUCAUUACCUUAGAUGUUAUGUCGUUUGAUACUUUUUAUUGGCAGGAUUUGAAAAAUAUGAAAUGCUCUUGAAAUUUUGCUUCAAUGUUAGCUUUACGAAUGCUUAUAUAUAUCUCUAUUGGAUAUUCUUUAUCUGAAAUGGGGAUUUCCAUCAUCUGUUGUUUUGUGUCUUCAGGGCCUAGAGAACUUGGUGGUUCAGUUGAUCUUCUAGACCAUUUAAACUUAGGAAACAUCUCGAUCUUUUCUGUAAGAGGUCAUUACCUCCCUCUUUAUCUGAGACACGAUACCUUAGGAAUGUGGUGGGGGACACAAAAAUAAGGGAAGGUGAAGGAAUGGAACUCGAUAAGCUGUCCAAAAGCUCCUCCUACGUGGGACAUAGACGUGUACCUUUUCAUCCUUUUGGCUUGGAUCUUCUUACGGAUGCUUUUAAGCUCAGAGAAAAAACAUCUGCUGAUCUUCCAUUGGCAGACAUCGGGUUACCUUCAGGUGCAUCAAAUUUGAAGAAUGAAUAUAAGGAAAAGAAGAAGCAUAAGAAGCACAAACACAAAGAUAGGUCGAGGAAACAGGAUCCGAGCAUUUGCAUUGACAAAGAUCUCAUGUCAAGCAGGGAUAACAAAAAGGAGAAAAAUGGGAGUAAGGCGCAGAAUUAUGGUCCGGAUUUGUUUAUGAGACAACAAGUAAAGAAGCCAAGAACUGAUGGCAAUGGAGGUUUUUCUGGUAUCCAGUCAUACCAGAAAAAUGAGUUAAAUAAGGCAUUCAGACAAUCAUGAGUGUACAUAGUGUUAUCAUUUAUGACAUCACAGAUCUGUUCAAGGAAUUAGCAAAGAGCAUUCAAAUGAAUCCACAUUACAAUCCAUUGCAUAUAACAGGUUUGGAUUUUGUAUUAGUCACUUCAGUUUUGAUCAAUCUCGUUUAAGAUAUUGCCUUAGUUAUCAAUUUCAGUUCAUAUUUCUGUCGCCAAACUCGGGGGUUUGGUGAUCACGCCCAGCUUACAACCUAAUCAAAGGUGCUUGGUCACAACUCACAACAAAUAUAGCUUGGCUUUGAGUCCAGAGUCAAUCGUAUAGAGAGCGUUGGACUACUUCUAGUAACAAAACAUAUGCAUAUACCCAAAAAAAACUGAACAAUACAUGUGCAAAAAAGCCAAAUAUCACUACCCCACGCUUAGACUUUUGUUCGUCUUCGGGCAAAGAACCUAACUGACCUAACAUGUUCUAUAUAGGAUUCAAGUUCAAUUUCUUUCUUUGCUUCUGUUCAUCUAAUCCACUCACCAAGACUCAACAAUUUCAAGAUCGCAACCUAUAAGCACUUUCAUGAAUAGCUAUUGCACAGGAGCUGGGUUUACCCUGUGCGCACUUGAAGGGUAGCGGCUGCGGGUUCCCAUCUCAUCAAAAAAAAAAAAAAAAAAAAAAAAGAAUGACGCAAGACUAAUUCGCAUGCACAAGCUAUUGUUUCAUGGUUCCACUAUGUGUGUGUUUAUAAUUUUCAACAAUGCAAGAAAUAAAGCUGACUACCUGAGCAACAAUAAUCUAUUAUCAUCACUUAAAUACUUAAAACUUCAACUUCUCUUAUCAACCUCAAGGAUCAACAGCUGGGUAAUUUUACUAAUCAAGAAAACAUUUAGUUCAUUUUUCACGACAUUUGGGAGAUUAGAUUCUAGGAGUUCGAGUGAUUCACAUCAAAUUCAAUUGAAUUGCUUUAAAUGCAAGUGAAUCACCUCGACUAAUACUAGGCUCCGUUUUGAGUUUCAAACAAGAGGCUUUCUUCUCCCCUGGACGAGCAUUGGAACAGAUAUCCCUAUCCAUUCUUUCACAUUUUUGUACUUGUUUCACUUUUUUUUUUUUUCCACGUCUUCAAUUGUUACCCUCCUUGUCACAGGCCUCAUACAUCCGUGUUAUUAUCUUUUUCCCUUAUUGUUUUUCUUCUUUUUAAUCACUGAAUCAUGCUCAUCCUCUUUAACUCGCUUUUCGGAGGCACCUCACAAUCAUCUGGUACCAUAGGAUUCAACAUUAGUGCUCAGGCUUUACUAGUGGAAACCAUUGUUCUAAGCAAGUGCAUUUGAAUUAAAAUCAAGAAUCAUAUUGUUCACUACUCUCAUACAGUUGUUUGUCUUUGAUAGAAGUAGAAACAAAAAUCUAAUGCAGUAUAGAAUAAGUAUCGUCAUCCAUGAAUAUCCACAAAAUAAAAAUCACUCCCCACCGCGCAUUUAAUUGAGUGCGUUGUCCGCAAUAUAGGGUUUGGUUAGCCACAAGUUAUGCAGGGAUUAAAAUUGCAGAGAUCUGUAAGCAGAGAUUAAUAGUGUGGGGAUUAUUUCUUUUUGGAUGUUUAGUUUGACUAGUUUUAGUGUACGUGCGUUGCACGUGUGUCUAGUGAAUUUCUAAUUGACGUUCAAAUAAAUGCAAUAUUUAUUAAAGUGAUGAAAUAAAUGUUAUUACAUUGACACGAUGUUUGAAAUUUUAUAGCUUCUGAACUUGCAAAGAUAAUUAGUUGUACAAUAUUUAGAAGAGAGCAUAUUUAAUUAUAUGAGAACCAAUAUAUUAUGUUGUAUCUCAACUGACAUCUCUUUAUAAACGAUAUUAUUGAUAUAUAUUUUCUUUUAUUGCUUUGGC